GUUUAUCGCAGGCGAGUUUAAUGGCUGGUGUCGAGGCUGGGUAUUUUGUGCGGGCCUUAGAGCUGCGGUCUGGUGCCGAGCUCCGUAUCAAGCAGUGUGAUGCCGGCGAUGUGGGCUGUGUGGUUUGGGACGCGGCACUGGUGCUGGCCAAGUACCUAGAGACCAGCUCCUUCUACCGGGAUGGCCUUCAUACAUUUACCGGGAAGAGUGUGGUGGAGCUGGGCUCAGGCACCGGACUAGUGGGCCUGAUGGCUGCAGUUCUGGGGGCGCAUGUCACAAUCACAGAUCUUGAAGACAUGCAGGAGUUACUUAACAUAAACAUCAGUGAUAACAAGCACUUGGUUACUGGUUCUAUCGAUGCAAAGGUACUUAAAUGGGGUGAAAGUGUGAAAGACCUUCCACCUGCCCCAGACUACAUUCUUGUGGCAGACUGUAUUUACUAUGAGCAGUCUUUAGAGCCUCUACUGAGGACGAUGAAGGAGCUUGCAGGGAAGAAUACAUGUAUCAUAUGUUGCUAUGAAGAGAGGACAAUGGGAAACAACCCUGAAAUAGAGAUUCGUUUUCUUAAGCUUUUGCAGGCUGAUUUUGAAAUAGAAGAGAUUCCAUUGGACAAGCAUGAUGAGGAAUACAAAAGUGAAGACAUUCAUAUUUUACAGAUAAAGAGAAAACAAGAUCAUUAAGGCUUCUUUUGUUUUCAAAUAACCAAAAAGUUUCAACCAUGAUGUAAAAAGGCAGUUCUUAUAAGAGUGUUAUUAUC